ACGGUUCAAUGAGGUACACAAACGUUGUAAAAAGGAAAAAGGAACAUGUAAACAAAUUGUUCUCAUAGAAAAUAAUUGGCUGCUUGUAGUUUGAGCUGAAUAAUUAAGAGCAGUAUCUUCUGAGAGGAAAUAUUCUGGCGCGCACAGGUCUCUGCAAACCGCUACCGGUACGCAUCAAUUGUAGACCCCUCAUCGUCAUAGUACUUUCGCCACGGCCUAAAAUAUCCACAGACAGCAAAUUUUAUGCUUAUAUUCUAGAACAACGACAGGCAAAGAAGUGUGUAUACUACAGCUGAAAGGGGAUGUACAAAACUAGACGACGUAAAGAUUGUUGGCCAUGAGCAACGACAUUACACCCGGCAGUAUGUUCUGUUUUGUGUUUGCCAAUUACAAAUUGUCAUUGCAUUAGUCAAAGGUGCGCUGCGGCAGCUGUUGCRUACGCAUUAAUGUUUUGUCUUGCCAACAACUAAGCGGACAUUCGCAAAAUUUCGUUACAAUAGAAUUUAAUUUAAUUGAAGUCAAGUGCCAUAAUUAAUGAGUUAUUUCAAAAUCAAAACAAAACGAAAACGACGGCGUAGACAAUGGCAAAUGAGCCCAAAGCCCAACGGCAAGUAUACGCGACGGAUAUAGCAAACCAAGGCACAUAAGUUUGCCACACGUUAACGCAUUUAGACGUUCUCAACGAUACGCAAAACAUGUGGCAUAUUAAAAUUUAAGGAAAGCAAAAAAAAAAAUAUUUAUUUGUGCAGGCAAAGUGCUUUUGAAAUAUUUUUGAUCAGUUUGGAAUGGAUUUCUAUGUGGAAAAAUUAAUGUAAUGAUUGUGAAAAACCGUGUUAUUUACCCACAUUAAUCUUCUAAAAAUUGGAAUGUAUGUGCAAACAAAUUUAUGUUAAUAUAUGGAACCGCGUUGUUAUAUAAUAUUUUCAUCCGCACAAGCUACAUUCCUGCUAAAUUUAUAUAACCAUUUGCUAAAGUGAUUCCAAAAAUGGAUGAAAUCUGCGUGCUUAUGAUAAAUUAAUAAAAUGCGGGAUAUUAAUAAAGCAUACAUCGAAAUAAAGUUUUAUAUUUUUGAAAUUAAAAACAAAGCACUGGUAAAAACAUGGUAGAGGAGUUUGGCCAACCAAAAACACAAUAUACUAUAAACUAAUAUAAAAGUAAUCGUCAGUCUUUUGACAACGUGUAUUUUUUUAUAGUAUAAAAYUAAUUAAAACACCAAUAAGCGCAAUUUCUACAGGCCUUCAUUGCCAAAUUUAAGAUUGAAUUAAAAAUAAAUUAUUUGAAACGYUUAACACUUCACCUUCAUGUAUGCCAGCCAAGGAAAAUUAGAGGCGAACAAACAAAAGUGCGGGAAAGUUGCGAAAAUUUUAAGGGUCAUAAUUAAAAAAGAAAAUUGUGAUACCUAUCGUUGUUGCUGUUGCUAAUAGCCGUUCGCUGAUGACUUUGUCAACAACAAAGAGCGACGUUACAACACCAAAUAGAGCAGCUGCCGGCAAAUUUUGCAUGUAAUGACGCUSUCUGUGAUGACGGCGCGCAGAAUAUAUCAACAAAUAUUACAAAAAUAAAGACGCGAUUCUGUAGCGAAACGCCAAUGACAACACGAAGCAUUCUGCCGUCAUUUGUGAUUUGUUGGUCAAAACAAAAAAUAAACAUUUUUAUCGUCUAGUUUACAUUCACACAUAUUUACAUAUGUGUGAGCUCUUCCCAAUAAAAAUUGCUCACUGAAUCAGUUUCCGAGAGUGAGAUACAUUUUGUUGAUAGCUGAAACGUAAUUUUGCAAUUUUAGCAAUAACUUAACAAAAUUAGUGCGACAAUGGCUGCAAAUAAACGCACUGUUGGCAUUAUUGUUGCUCUGGUCAUACUCGUGUGCGUAGUAGCUGGCGCCAAUUUGUAUUUUAUGUAUUAUCUUAACGUUGAAGAAGCUCCGCAUGUAAGCAGCACGCGGGCGUUGGAAAAUAUGAUACGCCAGAAAAUUCGUGAACUUCAUCCUGUGUAUUUAAAUCGGAAUCCCCGACUUUUUAUGUACCGUAAUAAAUUGUUGAAAAACUAUAAACCAGCGCCAUAUGAAAAUGCAACCGUUCUGUGGGAUAUUGCCAACUGGUGGCCACAAGAAAAUGAAAUAUAUCCAAUCUACGAUACCUCCAUGGCUCAACUGCUGCAAACAUUGCGCCUAGAACCGAUAACAAAAGUCACAAAUUUGGCAAAAGGUACACAACUCAAAUUGCUCAUACGUUUGGCGAAUAAACAAAAAGUGAUCUUCAAACCGCAAUGGUAUGAGCGUGAUGCAGUAAUCGAAGGCGCCGUUUAUGCAGGCAAAGAUCGUCACACUGCGGAAGUAUACGCAUUUUAUUUAGGCGCUGUACUCGACUUCAGGUGGACACCUAUUGUGGUGGGACGUGUCGUCAAUUUGAAGACAGAUAUUUAUGACAAAGGUGAUAGCGAGCUGAAGAAUUCCAUGACAAUCACUGAAACGGAGAAUGGUACGGAACAAUAUUGCCUAUUCGGCAAGUGUCAUUACUGUAACGAAGAGGAGACUGUGUGCGGUGAUGAGCAGAAUAACAUAGAGGGUGUUCUCAUAUACAUCGUGYCGGGCUCUUUGGCAAAACGGCGUUCACCUUGGCAACGUACUUACAAAGAGGAUAAACGUGCGCCCUGGGAGGAUGAUAUGAACUAUUGCAAGCCGCUAAAAGAUAAAAUGGAAACAAUGCGUUUAUUGGACCUCAUUGAUGCCGCAAUUUUUGAUUAUCUCAUACAAAAUGGCGACCGGCAUCACUAUGAGACACGCGARGAGCGCUUAGUGCUCAUAGACAACGGUAAGGCUUUUGGAAAUCCCAACAAGGAUCAUCUAGACAUAUUGGCGCCACUAUAUCAGUGUUGUCUCAUACGAAAAACUACCUGGGAUCGACUGCAGGUAUUUUCGGGCGGCGUUCUCACCGAGCUCAUUGAUCGUCUUUCCAAGCAUGAUGCACUUUUUCCUUUGAUCACAGAUAAGCACAAAAGAGGCGUAGAACGUAGGCUACUGGUUGUCUAUGCAGUUGUCGAGUACUGUAUGGACAGGGAAGGUGAUAAAAUGUUUAAGCAGCUAUAGGUAUAUAUGCAAUAAAUUCCCAAUUGUAAGUAAGUUUAUUCAAAAUCUUAUAUUUUAUUACCUAGUAGUAUGUAGUAUAGUAAUGUACAUACAUAUUUAAAUUUAAGAAGAUAUAAAAUUUCAGCAAAAGUAUUUUCACACUGCUCCCUUGGGUAAUUUUAUAAAAUACAUAUGUAUAUAAAAUAGACAAAUACAUUUAAGCUUGUUGAAGUUUGUUAAAGAUAAUGUAAUUUAUUAAGUUAAAYUUAAAAAAAAAUGAAUUUCAUGUUACCCUACGUCCAAGACUUCUAAUGUAGUUGAUCAAACAAAUUGCUAUAUAGUCCUAAUAAAGUCAUGUUACUAUUUUUUACCUUUGA